GCGGGGGUGAUGCUCUCUUAGGAAGAUCAAAACACUGACUGAGAGAAGGAGCCCAUUGGAGGAGGGGAGAGAGAGAGACGAGCUCUAGAAGAUGAAGGGACGCUCGCUUGUCUCUGUAGACAAAGGGGCGCUCUCGGGAAAGGGAGACUAUGAUUCUGUAGUUCGAUGGGUUGAGGGCUAGUAUUCUGAUGUAUGCUCUUUAGCCCUUGCUUUCUAGCUCCAUAAUCUGGGAAAUUGCAGAUUGGGUUGAAGGAUGGUUUACUUCUGAGCCAGCGAAAUUUUGGAUUUUGCCAUCGUCUGUUCAAACAUAAAUUCGUGAAGAUGAUCCUUCUCCUAGUAAUAAUCAGAUGACAUUUUAUCUUUUACCUAUAACUAUUCUUGUUACAGAUUUCUUAAAGGGCAGGAUCUUGAUGGUGUGCUUCCACCUUCCCUGGUGAAGCUACCCUACCUAAAGACGAUUGACCUCACUCGAAACUACCUCGCUGGUACAAUACCACCCGAAUGGGGUUCUACAAAGUUGGAAUACCUGUCCAUUACUGUAAACAAGUUAUCAGGACAAAUCCCAAACUACCUGGGAAACAUUACCACUCUUAUAUACAUGAGCAUAGAGAACAAUCUGUUUUCUGGAAUUAUUCCCCCUGAGCUUGGGAAUUUAGUUAACCUGGAGAAUCUUAUUCUUAGUGCUAACAAUCUCACUGGAGAGUUGCCAAAAGCUCUCACUAAUCUAACCAAAUUAAUGGAACUUAGGAUUAGCAGUAACAACUUCACUGGAAGAAUACCUGACUUCUUUCAAAGUUGGAAACAACUUCAUAAAUUAGAGAUUCAAGCUAGUGGUCUUCAGGGGCCCAUUCCUUCUAGCAUUUCUAUCCUAAGUAGUUUAACCGAGCUAAGGAUUAGUGACUUACUUGGUGAGGGUUCUGAAUUUCCACCCUUAAGUAACAUGAAAGGCAUGAAAAGAUUGAUGUUGAGGAGCUGCAAUCUCUCCGGACCAAUCCCCGCAUAUAUAUCAGAAAUGACACCACUGCAAAUUCUAGAUCUCAGCUUCAACAGACUGGAAGGAAAGGUUCCAGAUUUUGAAGGUCUAGCAUACUUGCAAUCCCUGUUUCUGACAAGCAACUUGCUCAAUGGGCCUAUUCCAGACUGGAUCAAAAGCCGAGAUAGUCGCUACCAAAUAGAUCUUUCUUACAAUAACUUUUCAGAAAGCUCUGCACCACCUACUUGUCAAGAAACCCUGAAUCUGUUUGAGAGCUUCUCUGGACAAAACAACUUAACACUUGGCCGCGAGUGCCUGCAGACCUAUCCAUGCUCAAAAGAUCGGUAUUCAUUGCGUAUAAAUUGUGGUGGAAGUGCAACUACUAUUAAUGGAAACAUAGAGUACGAAGGGGAUCAAAUCCAAGCUGGUCCAGCAAAAUUUGUUCCUAACAUUGCUAGUUGGGGAUUCAGUAGCAGUGGAAAUUUUUGGGAUGUCAAUAGUACCUCAGAUCAAUACAUAGCAAAUAAUGUGUCAAUAUUGAGAAUGAAUAACUCUGAAUUAUUCACGAGUGCACGACUCUCUCCUCUUUCUCUGACGUGUUAUGCACGUUGCUUGGCAAAUGGAAAUUAUACUGUGAAACUAUACUUUGCAGAGAUAGUAUUCAGAGUCAACAGAUCUUUUUAUAGUCUUGGAAGACGGAUAUUUGAUGUUUAUAUCCAGGAAAAACUCGCGUUAAAGAAUUUUGAUAUUGAAAAUGCUGCACAAGGGGUUGAUAAAGUAGUUGUUCGGGAAUUUAAAGCAAUUGUGAGGAAUAAAGUUUUACAAAUCCGCUUUCACUGGGCUGGGAAAGGGACAACAGGUGCACCAGAGAGAGGAACAUAUGGUCCUCUCAUCUCAGCUAUCUCUGUUGAAUCUGAUUUCAGUCCCCCCAAUGAUGACGAGAAGAUAUUCAUUAUUGUUGGAGCUGUAGUAUCAGCGCUAUUGCUCAUUUUUAUGAUUUUGGGCAUUCUAAUGUGGAAAAUAUACAUAGGAGGCAGGAUAUCAAGGGAAAAAGAGCUGAGAGGAUUAGAUUUGCAAACUGGUUUUUUCACCUAUAGGCAAAUCAAAGCAGCCACUGACAACUUUGAUGUUGCAAACAAGAUUGGAGAAGGUGGUUUUGGAUCUGUAUACAAGGGUAUAUUGUUGGAUGGUACUAUAAUUGCAGUAAAGAAACUUUCUUCAAAGUCAAAUCAAGGAAAUCGUGAAUUUGUAAACGAAAUAGGAAUGAUAUCUGCUUUACAACACCCAAAUCUUGUUAGAUUGUAUGGAUGUUGUGUUGAAGGAAAUCAACUAUUCUUGGUAUAUGAAUACAUGGAAAACAAUAGCCUAGCGCGUGCUUUGUUUGGUCCAGAGGAAUACCGAUUAGAAUUGGACUGGGCUACGAGGCAGAAAAUAUGCAUUGGCAUAGCAAAAGGUUUGGCUUUCUUGCAUGAGGGAUCAACCUUGAGAAUUGUUCAUAGAGACAUCAAAACUACCAAUGUGCUGCUGGAUACGGACCUUAGUCCAAAGAUUUCUGACUUUGGUUUGGCCAAGCUUGACGAAGAGGAAAAGACCCACAUCAGCACUCGAGUUGCUGGAACCAUAGGAUACAUGGCGCCAGAAUAUGCAUUAUGGGGUUAUUUAACCUAUAAAGCAGAUGUUUAUAGUUUUGGUGUUGUUGCAUUGGAACUUGUUGCUGGGAAGAACAACAUGAAAUAUCGACCAAAUGAGGAUUAUGUCUGCCUGCUAGAUUGGGCCUUUGUUCUAAUGCAAAAGGGUAAUCUAAUGGAGCUGGUCGAUUCAAAGUUGGGUUCCGAGUUCAACGAGGAGGCAGUUAGAAUGAUCAAAGUAGCUCUAUUAUGCACUAAUUCAUCACCGGCACUUAGACCCGCCAUGUCUGCAGUAGUAAGCAUGCUCGAAGGCCGAACUGCUGUUAAUGAACUUAUAACGGAUCCAAGUAUAUUUGGCGAGGAAUUGAGGUUUAAAGCCUUUAGACACCCAUUUGAUGUGAUUAGUGAAGCUGAUAGCCUUAUUCAGUCAUUAGAUUCAACAUAGCUUGGCUCUAGAUGACUGUAAAUGUUACAUUACAUUACAUGUAUACAGACAUACAGUCUACAGCUUUUAAUAUUGGUAGAUGUAUCUACCCUUCUAUUCUAGUUGUCUCUGUACAUUUUGUUACUGCAGACUUGAAAUAACAAGAAAGAAACAUCAAC